AUGCCUCAAUAUAAUAUGCACACUUUUAAAAUACCAUGGACUCAAAAUGAAAUUUUAGGAAUAACUCCAAGUAAAAAUCUUACUAUAAUUAAUAUUCAAAAAAAUACUUUAGCAGAUGGAAUUUUUAAAAUUGGAGAUAAAAUAUGUAAUAUUAAUGGAAAAAACAUUUUAAGACUCUAUGAAUUAGAAAAUCUUUUAAAUGAAUUUAAUGAUGUACUUUAUAUAACAGUUGAAAGAAAUGAAGAACAAGAAAAUAUUUUAAAAAAACAAUUAUCAUUUAUUGGAGAAGAUGAUUGUAAUAUAGUGAAACGUGAAGGUUUUGAUUAUUUUGUUGAAAGAAUGUAUACUAAAUAUCAAAGAAAAUUUAGAUUAAAAGAUUUUAAAAAUCGUGUUAUUAUAUCAAAAAUUAAAAUGAAUAAUGAUGGAAUGGGUAAUAUAGAGAUUGGGGAUCAAAUAUGUUCUGUAAAUAACAUGCCUGUUACUGAUAAAAAAGUUUGUAAAAGAUUACUUAAUCAUUUUUUGAUGGAUGAGAGUGAAGUAUCAUUGAUCAUUGGUAGGCCAAUAUCAGAUAGUGCUAUUGAAGAAAUAAAUGGAAUUUUAAGAAAAAAAAAGUAUUACCCAACAUCUAUAAAAAUGAAUGAUGAUGUUAAAGAAAUUGUCAAAAGAGAGUGUAAAAGAAUCCAUCAAAAUGAUAUUAAAGAUAUUACAGGAAUUUUAUCAAAUGGAUUAGGUGGAGAAUAUCAGAGUGUUUCUUUUGAUACAACUAUUCAGGAAUUUAAAAUUGCCUGUGAUACUGAAGGAAGACGCUUAAAAAAAGUUAAAAAAAAAUUUUAUUAA